AUGUCCAGCCGGCCAAUCAGAAUCAUCUCAACUAACACAGGCCAGGAGGGAAACUGCAAUGGGAUGAACCUCCAAAGCUCAAAUGCUUGUGAUUGCAUGGACUCUGACUCAGGUCUGUGCAUGGAUGCUGGCCUUGGCUCCACCGUGGAUCUCAUUAACAGCUGUAAUCAUGCACAUUGCAGCAAAAAGCACUUCCCACCUUACAAAUCCUGGCCUUCAAACAUCCAAGUUCCUGGAGCACAGUGGAAAAGAACCAAAUCACUUUUUAUGAAUGUAAUGAAGAUUCCUUUCCUUUUCUUUCUCCUCUACUGCUUCGUCUGCUCCCUGGACACCUUAAGCUCUGCAUUUCAACUGGCAGGAGGUAAGGUGGCUGGAGACAUUUUCAAAGAUAACGCAAUCCUGUCGAACCCUGUGGCUGGACUGGUGGUUGGUAUUCUGGUUACAGUGCUAGUGCAAAGCUCCAGCACGUCUACGUCUAUCAUCGUCAGCCUCGUCUCAUCUGGCCUACUGGAGGUGAAGUCUGCCGUCCCUGUAAUCAUGGGCUCAAACAUUGGCACAUCCGUCACCAACACCAUUGUUGCUCUGAUGCAGGCUGGGGAGAGGAACGAAUUUAAACGAGCAUUUGCUGGAGCUACGGUUCAUGACUGUUUUAACUGGCUGUCAGUUCUGGUGUUGCUGCCACUGGAAGUAGCCACAGGUCUGCUUAGCUUUUUAGCUCAAGCCACCAUCACUAGCUUUCAGCUGCAUGGUGGAGAAGAAGCACCUGAGCUCCUGAAGGUCAUCACUGAUCCUGUCACUAAACUCAUCAUACAGCUGAAUAAAUCAGUAAUAACGGCCAUUGCUUUGGGAGAUGAGAGCAUGAGGAACCACAGUCUUGUGAAAGUCUGGUGUGGAACUGCCCCUCUUACGCCAGUAAAUGUGACGGCAAAUAUUUCCGAGAACUGCUCAUCUCUGCUGCAUUGUGAGACUGGAGACUUAAAAACUCAGGUUAAUCCAGAGAGAUGUUGGCAUUUGUUUGCCAAUACGGACUUGUCUGAUUUAUCUGUGGGUCUGAUUCUGCUGGCAACCUCUCUAGUGGUGCUGUGCUCAUGUCUGAUUCUAAUCGUCAAGGUCCUCAACUCAGUGCUCAAAGGUCAAGUGGCAAGGAUCAUUCAGAUGGUCAUUAACACAGAUUUCCCGUACCCAUUUGGCUGGCUGGCAGGAUACGUGGCCAUGGUUGUUGGGGCAGGGAUGACUUUCUUGGUGCAAAGUAGUUCAGUGUUCACCUCUGCCAUGACCCCACUCAUUGGGCUUGGUAUGAUUAGUCUGGAGAGGGCAUACCCUUUGACUUUGGGCUCCAACAUCGGAACGACUACAACUGCCAUACUUGCUGCACUGGCAAGCCCUGGAGAUAAGCUGCCUGCUGCUUGUCAGAUUGCAAUGUGCCACUUUUACUUCAACAUUUUCGGGAUCUUGCUGUGGUACCCGCUGCCGGUCAGCCGUUUACCCAUCCGCAUGGCAAUGGCGUUGGGAGAGCGCACGGCUAAAUACCGCUGGUUCGCCGUGCUCUACCUGAUACUCUGCUUCCUCCUCCUGCCGUCGCUCGUCUUCGGCCUUUCCAUGGCGGGCUGGCAUGCCAUGGUGGGCGUGGGUGCUCCUUUCGCUGGCAUCGCCAUCUUCAUUCUCCUGGUGAACCUGCUGCAAUCACACAGCCCUGCUCACCUGCCCCGCUGCCUCAGAAACUGGGACUUUCUUCCUGUUUGGAUGCGCUCGUUGAAACCGUUAGACAAACUAAUCUCCAAAGGUACAGAUCUCUGCUGUCAGUCUGACAAAUCCAGUGCUACCACGCUCGACCCAGAGGCCUGUACCAGCUCAGAUCCAGUUCACAUCAAACAGGAAUCAGUGGCAUCUCACAGAAGAGUUCAGCCAGCCUACGUCAAUCCUGCGUUGUCCUAUCAGGACGAGUCGACUCCCCAGCCACGGAUGUUUAAGCUAAAGGGACUGGAACGAUGCAACAGCACACCACUAUAG